AUGACUGCUCCACCACGCUCGCAAUCACCAGACUGGGGAAACGAGGAAGAAGUCGAUGCGCUUGUCAGUCUGGGAGAGGCUUUGAUUAUUGCGAUAUUAGAGCGCGCCCCGAUGGAAACUAUCAAAAAUAUGGUUGCGGACGGUGCUCCUCUCUGGUUUCAAGACGAAGAGGGCACUUCAGCGCUACACGCUGCAGCUUAUGUGGAGAACGCAAAGCUAAUGACAUACUUGAUAGAGGAGGGUGCAAUAUGGAACUCAGUCGACAACCUGCACAACACUGCAGGUGAUAUAGCAUUGUCAUUCAACAACGAAACUUGUUACAACAUCGUCCGAGAUGCCGGUAUCCGCUCCGACUAUGUUCUCGCCACCGCAGAACUGAUUCUUUCGCUACUCUCUUCGCGCUCUCCGCCCGCCGACUCGUCGCUGUCGCUUGUGCUCAAAGCCACAGACACAACUGCUGCUAGCUCUUCUGAAACCUUUCUGACAUCGCAUUUAUCGUUUACCAAGGAUGAAUAUGGCCAAGAGAUCUGUCUCGUCAAGGUCAGUGACAACGAGGAAGUGGGGGUCAUGAUGGGAUGGGAACGUGGAAUUAUGCAGGAAACGGUGCAUAAACUCUGUUCGGGCCACGAGAACUUCGUAGAUGGUCUCAAAAUUCUAAAUGUGGGCUUUGGCCUCGGCAUAAUCGACACCAUGUUCCAGUCCUUACCCACUCCACCUUCGCUGCAUGUCAUCAUUGAACCACAUCCGGACGUCCUGCAGCGCAUGCGAGAACUUGGCUGGUUCGAUAAACCGGGUGUCAAGGUGCUCGAAGGCAAAUGGCAAGAUUUUAUCGAAAGCGACGCAUUGCUUGGUGCAGGCGGCUUUGAUGUGGUCUACACUGACACCUUCUCAGAGGACUACAAAGAUCUCCGUGAAUUCUUCGGACACGUACCUGAUCUGCUUUUGGGCCCGGAAUCACGUUUUGGAUUCUUCAACGGUCUAGGUGCCACAAAUGCCACUUUCUAUGACGUGUAUACCCAAGUAUCGGAACUCCACCUGUCGGACGUUGGCAUCGAUGUCGAAUGGAGCGAUGUGGACGUUGUUGAAGCAGACGGAGACCGUUGGGGCCAGACCAGAGAGUACUUUACACAGCGGUUCUAUCGACUGCCUGUAGGGAGGAUGAGGGUAUCUAGCUAA